AUGCACUCGUUCCCGAGGCCCAUCGCGGCCUUACCGGCUCAACAUGAACGUGCGCCUGAGCCUGAGCCUAGCGCUCUGAUAUGGGGCAGUGGUCCAGGCCCUCCAAGAAUCAAUCAUGCCUUGCCUGGUUGGAAGGAAGAGAAGGCGGCAAUCGAGCGCAUGUGGGCGCUGUAUCUCGAAACUGUGCCGUCUGUCAAGGAAGAGGCCGAACAGUGGAAGGGCGACGCGGAUGGAAUCAUCAUAUUUACUGGUCUUUUCUCUGCCAUGGUCGCUGCCUUCGUCAUUGAAAGUUACAAAUACUUGUCUCCAGAUCCCUCGAAUGCUACCACCUUGAUAUUGGCCCAGAUAUCCCAGCAACUAGCCUCCGUAGAUGGCUCUACGCCUGUCAGCACUCAACUGCUGAACGGCAUAUCUACGUCUACGGGCGCGUCCAGUGUCCGCGUGAAUGUACUCUUGGUGCUAUCGCUUUGCAUCAGCGUCACAUGCGCGCUUUUUGCUGUUAUGGUACAGCAAUGGGCUCGGCGCUUCCAGCGGAUCUGCGACCGUCGGUCUCAAGGCAGCCAGUCGUCGCAGGCACUAGCCCGGGUGCGCCUGCAUCUCGCACCUAUGGGUCUACAAGUUCAAAACUUCAUCUCGAUGCUUCAACGAAGCCUGCAUAUCGCCGUAAUACUCUUCUUUGCGGGCCUUAUCGAGUUCUUUUGGCCCAUCGACAUCAGCGUAGGGAGGACAGUACUCGCUAUGUUAGUCAUUCUGGGAGCCAUGUACCUCUCCCUCACGGUUUACUCGUUCACCGAGCCUACAUCUCUCUUCCAAACACCUUUGACACAAAAUGUCUUCGAGGUGUUCGCCCUUACUUCCAACACGAUCUACUCGGUCUUCAGCGGCCACGGAGCACGUAGUGUUCUCGAAGCUCUAAGGCGGAUGUUUCUCCCGCUCGGGCCUCUCACCGUCGAAAAGUUCAACAGCAGCAGACACUUUCUCGUCGCAUUGUCCCGACAUGGACAUCUCGGCUUCGACGAAGCGAUGACGCUAGCCAUCAACGAGGGGCCUCUGGGAAGCCUCGAGAUCGAUGCCCUAGUAUGGCUGUUUCAAGCGUACCGCGCUGGUUCCCCCGAGCAGCUGUUUCGUGGCGCGGGCAUCUGCUUUGUGGGUCUUUGCACCAUCUUGGGCAUGUAUCUGCCUUCUAAAGGACAAGGUGUACCCAUCGCACCAGAAGCACUUGAUCUUAUCACGAAGCUGUACCAGUCGCCGGCGCCCGAUGCAUGGACCCAAUAUUUUGACUCUUGGGAGUCGUGGCUGGUCCAUGUGACCCGAACAUGCGAUCUCUCGACACCAGCCAGUGUUCAUUUCACCGUCAUGUGCUUCCGCAUGCACUGGUUCGUGCUGCAUGGCACCUCCAUAGUGUUACCGCCUAUUUCAAACACCCUCGUCAAUUCUGGAAGCCAGUACGCAACGAACGACCGCCCUAACUUCGCACUAUAUAACACAUUGCAGACGUUGCGCGAGCACUUCUCCGUAACUGUUGCAAUAGUGGCUCGCUGCUUGCAGGCUCGCAUCGCCGCGGCGCUCGAUGCGAGAUGGGCAAUACCCGGUCCUGGUGUGAGCGACCACAACAGCGACCUAUUUUGGAACUUUAUUUCCGUCCCUCGGACGUUGGCCCAGAAUGCCCGAGCUGACCCUGCAGUGUACGCGGCGACAUGCAAUCGCGCCAUCCUUAUCGUCAUCGCACUCGUUCAGGACACCCUCGACGCUGGGCGCUUGCGGAGCGUUUCAGGCAGCACGAGACUGCCACCUUUGCGGCGAGGUGCGGGACCAGUGCUCAAGACGAUCGACACGCUUCAAGCCUGCAUAUUCGAACGCACCGCCAAUCCGCCAUUGCUUAUGCUCAUUGACGCGCUCGAAACGUACUACCUUGAGACCAGAGUGUCUCUCCUACCUACUCGCGACGAGGGUCCUGCAUACGAGAACGAGCGCGCGCUUUUAGCUGCUCUGGAGGGCAUUCUGUGGCGUCUCGGGCGACCCGAGAAAGCCGAGGCAGACAACCCGACCACGACGCCCCGCGAAGGCAGCGGUCACACAACCCCGCACGAAUAUCUCCCGUCGCUCAGACGUGGCGAAGAUAUGGACAUAGACAAGGAAGAUGUCUAA